UCCUCCUCCGCCGCCUGCUAACCCGCUAGCUGUGGCCGUCCGUCGCUGCAGUGGCCGCCCCGUGUCCAGCUGGGUCAGCUGAAACAGCCGAGUGGACCGGCCUGCUGGAUGAGCCUUCACACGGAGGACAGCGCAGGCUGCCGCGGCGGGACGUUUCCAGGCUGGGUGUCCGGGAGCGAUGGGCCGCGGGAGGUCGGAGGCUAGCUGCAGCUAGCUGUGCGGCUACAUCCAGAGCUAGCCGCGGAGAGCGAGCGGAGCGCCUCGGAUUCGCCUUAUCGUCCGCCUGAAGCCCGGUACCAGACCAUGCCUUCAGCCAGACAGGGGCGCUGAUGGACCGGGCCGUGUAGCCAGCCGCCGCUGCCCGCAUCCAGAGCUCCGAGCCGGGCUCCGCUCUCAGGACGAUGGCCUUCCACGGCGCGGGCCGCCAGCAGACCGUCUGCGGAGACCUGUUCCCGGGGUCCGAACUCGGCCACAAGUACUUCUGCGUGAGCUCCUCCUGCGGAGCUCCGUCCACGGGCCUGAGCGCCACGCCGUGCCUGGCGGGACCCACCGCCCCGGCCGGGACGCCCCGCCACCCCACGGCCCUGGGCGGGAGCGCCGGCGGAGGAGCGGCAGUGCCGCAGCCCUACAGCAACCCGGCCAGCGAGGUGCCCAGCCCCGCGGAGAUGGAGCCCGACCGGCCCAUCGGAUACGGAGCCUUCGGCGUGGUCUGGUCAGUCACAGACCCUCGGGAUGGGCGGAAAGUGGCUCUGAAGAAGAUGCCCAACGUCUUCCAGAACCUGGUCUCCUGUAAGAGGGUGUUCAGAGAGCUGAGGAUGCUCUGCUUCUUCAAACACGACAAUGUCCUGUCGGCUCUGGACAUCCUCCAGCCUCCACAGAUCGACUGCUUUGAGGAGAUAUACGUGAUCACAGAGCUGAUGCAGAGCGACCUCCACAAAGUCAUCGUGUCUCCCCAGCCGCUCACCACCGACCACAUCAAGGUCUUCCUCUAUCAGAUCCUCCGAGGGCUGAAGUACCUUCACUCGGCCGGGAUCCUGCACCGAGACAUCAAGCCUGGAAACCUGCUGGUCAACAGCAACUGUCUGCUCAAGAUCUGCGACUUCGGCCUGGCGCGGGUGGAGGAGCCCGACCCGUCGCGUCACAUGACCCAGGAGGUGGUGACGCAGUACUACCGGGCGCCCGAGGUGCUGAUGGGUUGCCGCCACUACGGCUCGGCCAUCGACGUGUGGUCGGUCGGCUGCAUCUUCGCCGAGCUGCUGGGGCGACGCAUCCUCUUCCAGGCUCAGAGCCCCAUCCAGCAGCUGGACCUGAUCACAGACCUCCUGGGAACUCCUCCUCUGUCAGCCCUGGCGUCGGCCUGCGAGGGGGCCAGAGCCCACAUCCUGAGGGGGCCCCACAAACCGCCGUCGCUCUCUGUGCUCUACAUGCUGUCUGAUGGAGCUACCCAUGAGGCUGUGCACCUCCUCUGUCGCAUGCUGGUCUUCGACCCGGCUAAAAGGAUCUCCGGCAGCGACGCCCUGUCCCACCCCUACCUGGACGAGGGCCGCCUGCGGUACCACACUUGCAUGUGCCAGUGCUGCUACUCGGUGCCCAGCGGCCGGGUGUACACCCGGGACUUCGAGCCGGUGGCCGAGCGGCCGUUCAGCCACAGCUACGAGAACAGCCUGCUGUCGGUGUGGCAGGGCAAAGAGCUGAUCCACCGCUUCAUCACGGAGCACCAGCAGGGGAAGCGAGUGCCGCUGUGCAUCAACCCUCAGAGCGCCGCCUUCAAGACCUUCAUCAGGUCGACGGCCUGGCACUCGUCCAAGGUUUCCAGGAAGGAGGAGAGAUGAGCGCUCGCCCGGCGGGUCAGCGGCGGCAGCGCGAGGAAGGACUUUAUCGGCCGCCAAGUUUGGCUCUUUUCCUUUCCCCCCAUUUUACCCGAGUAGAGGAGGAGAAGCAACACACUGAACCACCGCGUCAGGGAUCGAACCCUCAGUGACCCUCACACAGACCUUUUCCCCGGUGCUGAAUCAAACAGGCUGCUGGUGGUUUGGGGGGCGUGCCGGGGGUCGGCGGAGGACUCCUGCUCUCUAGAGACUGUAGCUGGUUUGGUAGGUUUGAUGCUAGUUGGUUUUUGAAGUCAUUCCAGGUCUGUGCAGUGUGGAUCCUUUCAAAAGAAAAACGACGACCCGGCGCCCGCCGUGGGCGGAGCCAGACACCCGGAGCCCCCCACGCCUCGCCGCUCCACCUCUCUCCUGUCCGGAUGACGUGGCCACAUGUAGCAGGCUCCGGCCGCCGCCGGCUCAGUGUUCCCUCGCUCCGCCUCCACUUCCUGUGGGAGACAGGAAGUGGUGGUUUGUUUUGAUGCCAGCUUUUAAUUUAUUGCGUGUGUGUUGGUGAGUGAUUCUUAGCGUCUGAAGCGUCUCCAUUACCUCAGAGUGGAAGAUGAAGCGAGCGGAGGCAGCGGCGGAUCCAGAGGAAAUCCACCCGUCUAGUUUUGGGGUUUGAACUCGCGGCUCAUUUUUCAGGCCCGGGUCAAGGGGUCAUGACCUCAGGAGGCACAGCGGCUUGGUUUUGUUCUUAUCAUUCUGAUGUGCGUCUCCAUUUCUCAGUUCCAGCACGAUUCGCCUCGCCUCCGGUCAGUUUCGGUCUUUUUCCAUAGAGACAGAGUUCCGCCUUGCUGUGGGUGAAACUCCCGGACGACGUUCGUUCUGCAACACGUUUGAGUCACGAUCCGGUUACGUCCGGCUCCGUCAUGAUUUCCGAGCAACCAUCUCUGACCAACCAUUGUUGUGGUUGUGUUUUAAAAAUGGCGGGUCGCUCUCCUGACUCUUCCAGUGACCAAUCAGAGGCCGGCGUCACGUUUUCCCCCAGACUGGUUUGGAACCGCAGCCGAGCGGAUUCUAAGACAGUUUCUGGUAUCCGGUAACGACAUGAAAUGGAAAAAGCCUUAAAAACUGAGUGGAGGCGAGGCGAGUACCUCACCAGUGGAAAAUCCCCAGUCAAGCCAGGAUGGUUAGCAACAGCUGAAAUGAGGCCACGCCCCCUUUAUCACAGUAAAACUCUUUAUCCACUGAACAUGACAGACGGUCGGCGGGUGGAGCUGAAGGUGUCCUCAUGGCCACAGCCGCCGUUUUUCUGAGAAUUAAUCUGCAGAAAGCUAACCUGAGACGGUUAGCAUUGAAGACGUCGGCCUUCUCUGAGCUAGCAAACAGAUGGAUGGGCGUGUCUUUAGCAGCCAUGCUACGUCUUCAGGCGUUUGUCAGGACGCCAUGAAUGGCGGCGAGCUCGGCGCGUCCGCCGAUUCACUCCAUGGCGUGCUAGCAUUGAGCUAACGUCCAGUUAGCCUCAGUGAAAUGUGAAUGGUAAAUUCAGAAAGUCGCCACACACCUCAUGAUGCAGAAUUCCGUGUUUUUUUGCUGCGUUUUACUGUCCAUCGUGGAAUAUUGAUCAAAUAUGGAACAACAGAGUUUGGGUUUUAAACGUUUUCUAUCUUGUUUUAAUGAAUUAUGAUUUGCUACAUAAUGACGACACCCCGUUCAACCUAAAUCAUCAAUAAAUAUUGAUCCACAUAAAAUCUAAAUUCACCUCUGAUCACAGGUAGUGGGCGUGUCUGAUCCUGAAGUGGGCGUGGCCUCAAGCAGCUAAAUAAAGUUGCAAAAAUACUGACUGCAUUGUAGAACCAGCAAAACGUUGAAGUGGGGACAUCAUGAGCUCAACAUGAAGACACGCCCCCUUAGCGCUCUGCCCAGCAGUUGAUGCUACGCUAACGUCGAUACGCCGAGACGUUAGAGAACAUGACCUUGAACCACGAGUGAUGCUUCAAACCACACGGAUCCGUUUUACCUCCUGUCAGCUGGAUGGGCGUGGCCACACCCUGCAGCGGCCCGGUGGGCGUGGCCUGGUGGGCGUGGCCACAUCCUUCGCUCUGUUAAACGCCCUCUCAUCCCGCCGCUCCUCAUUCGGUGGUAAACGCUGGUUUUGCUGAGUUCAGGCCCCCUUUGAUGAAGAGUGUUUUGGUUUCUAGUUGAACUUUGCCCUCUGACCUCACGUGGACCCCUGAGCAUGCCCCCCCGCCCCCCCCUUCAGUUUCUGCAUGUGUAUAUUAGUGGAGAGCUGCUGAGAGUUUGGAUGCUGUGAAGUGUUUUGAGUCCGUCGACGUGUUUCUGUGCUCUUUUAAUUUAAUUCAUCUUAGCAGGAAGUUUCUGACGUUUAGCCGAGUUUCUUUUUCCCCUUUUUUUUGUAACCUGAUGAUGAUUAUUAUUAUUUGUUUUUUCCGUAGUUUCUGUUUGAGUACGUGUUGAGUGAGGCCACCAUGAAAAGAGCCGUCUGGGUGUUUGGGGCUGUGAUUGGUUGAGCUCCGGACUCGUGGUCGUGUUGGUAGAACCCUUCUGGUCUAGAGUUCCGGGCUGUUCCUCCAGCAGACGAACCGCCGCGGCUCCAAUUCUGGGAAAACAAACUUGAUGUUUUUUCUUCUAAAUAUGAAACCGAUGUUCUGUUGUCUUUGUUUUAGGUUGUUUUUUUUUUUUUGUUUUUUUUUUUUUAAACUUGUGUUCUCGACAAAUACUUGAAUUUCUUAAACCUGUUUAAAGUAGUGAAUGAAAGUAAAUAAAUGGACACU